AUGAACCCUCUCGUUAGAAUCGCCCUGCAGGCGGAGCUGGCGGAGAAUUGCAAGAUCGUCAAGGAGGCGCAUGGGCGCAAGAUUCUGCUGGCCCGCACCGGCGGCCAGCUGUUUGCCACGGAUGCCCACUGCUUCCAUAUGGGCGGCAACCUGUGGGAGGGCGACAUAGAGGAUGUGGGCGGCCACCCCUGCGUGGUCUGCCCGCUGCACCGCUACAGGAUCGACAUGAGGAGUGGAAAGAAGGUGGACACGAUGCUGGACGGCUGCGUAUCCUGUGGGUCGGACCAGCAGCAGCGCACAUACGCCGUCCACGCCGACGACGAAUUCAUCUUCGUCCACAUCCCCGAGCUGCACAGCCAGCCUCAGCUGCCCAGCGACCGCUACAACCAGGCCGCGCCGGCGCCGGCGCCGGGCGCCACCCAGCAGCCGGGCGCCACCCCCGCCCGCAGUAACUACGGCCUGUUUGGCAGCAGCAGCCGGGCCGGCGGCGCGACGGCGGGGGCGCCAGAGCUGCUGGCUCCUUAUGCCGGCAUCUCGCAGCGCGGCCUGGUGCCGGCCACCCCGGCCAGGGACGCUAUGGAGGAUGAGCCGGCCCUGCAGCUGAGCCAGGAGGCCGGCAUCCAGCUCAGCCAGCCCUCGCCCGCCGCCCAGCGGCAGCAGCAGCAGCUCAUGCAGCAGCAGCAGCAGCCGGUGCACCACACACAGGGCCACAUCCCUUUUGCCCAGUCACGGGCCGACACAGCCCACAUCGCGCGCCGCAAGGCGGCCACUGCCGCCAUCGCCGCACGCCGCUACACGCCGCCCACCGCCCAGCCGCCGCGCCCGCCCGCGCGCGGCCUGCUCAGCUCAGGGGCUGCGCCCUCACCGCAGCUGCAGCCGCAGCCCGCCGCGGCGGGCGGCGGCCAGCAGAGCCUGCUGUCGUUCGGAUUCACGGUGCAGCAGCACGGCACGCCGGUGGCGGCCAGCGGACCAGAGUCGAUGGAUGUGGAGUGA